GUUUACUACCCAAAAAAACAAAGACGAAUUACUACCUGGACAACCAUAUAUUGAUCAAUUUGUCACCCAGGCGCUUAGGCAAUGUGCGAGGUCCUGUCCCGAGUCUGAAACAGGUCUAUCACGAUAAUCUUUCCCCCAAUCUCUCAAUUGGCGUUUUCGUGAAGCCUGUAGUCGCACCGCUUCGUUUAUUGUUGUACCCAUAGUCAAACAAAAUCCUUGGCCCUCGCUCUGACCACCAGGGGUCAAGAACCACCCCGCCAAACGCCAACGAUCCGACCGACCACCGAUACCAAGAACAUUCAACCACGGAUCUUCAAGUGACCUGUCAAAUUCUACCAUAGAAGUUUGGCGAUCACAGUCAGUCAAUGGAGAACUAUCAGAAGCUGGAGAAGAUCGGUGAAGGUACCUACGGUGUUGUUUACAAGGCCAGAGAUCUCCAGAACAGCGGCCGUAUUGUGGCCCUCAAGAAGAUUCGCCUCGAGGCUGAAGAUGAAGGAGUCCCUAGCACCGCCAUCCGCGAGAUCUCCCUCCUCAAAGAAAUGCGCGACCCCAACAUCGUCCGGCUCUUCAACAUCGUGCACGCCGACGGCCAUAAGCUAUACCUCGUGUUUGAGUUUCUCGAUCUGGAUCUGAAGAAGUACAUGGAGGCGCUACCCGUCAGUGAUGGCGGCCGCGGCAAGGCACUGCCGGAGGGUACUGGCGUCGAACUGGGACGCCUGGGCUUGGGCGAUAUGAUGGUCAAGAAGUUCAUGAGUCAACUGUGCGAAGGCGUUCGCUACUGCCAUAGUCACCGAGUUCUUCAUCGCGAUCUCAAGCCCCAGAAUCUGCUCAUCGAUCGGGAUGGCAACCUCAAGCUGGCUGAUUUUGGCUUGGCCCGCGCUUUCGGUGUCCCGCUCCGAACUUAUACCCAUGAAGUCGUGACGCUUUGGUACCGUGCCCCGGAAAUUCUCCUCGGUGGUCGGCAAUACUCGACCGGUGUGGAUAUGUGGUCAGUGGGUUGCAUCUUUGCUGAGAUGUGCACCCGGAAGCCUCUCUUCCCAGGUGAUUCUGAGAUCGAUCAAAUAUUCAAGACAUUCCGUCUCUUGGGAACCCCCACAGAAUAUGUUUGGCCUGGUGUCACUUCGUACCCCGACUUUAAAGCCUCAUUCCCCAAGUGGAUUCGCGAUACGUCGCAGCCAUUGUGCUCAAAUCUUGAUGAUCAAGGUCUAGACCUGCUUGAAGCCAUGCUUGUCUACGACCCAGCCGGCCGCAUAUCAGCGAAGCAGGCUUGUGUCCACCCUUACUUCCGCGACUUCGCCAAACCUCAGAGCAACUAUAGUUCCACUGGUUAUGCCUAGAUGGCACAAGUGGUUACUCAUUAGAUACGCAUCGAGGCUAUGUGGAAGUAUGUGGAAGAGCCUGCCAACGCUAAGUACUUUACUUUGGCUAUCUGAAUAUUGCUAUUUGUGGCCUGGCCGCCGGACUCCGAUAUUCCCUACGCUUCAUUGGCUGCUUGAGCGUUCCUAUAGCAUGCUUUGCUUGCGAUUGCGCCUCGCAUAUACACAUGAUAUGAGCGGUUCGUUCAUGGAAUUUGAGCCCAGUUUAUAGGUAUUGAAAGGGAUAUGAGCAAUAGACUGGAACUCGUGGGCUGAGCUGGCUUUUCCGAGGGCAUAGACGAGGCAGGAUUCCUGCUUCGCGGAAGGGUUGGCAGCCUCGGGUUUGAUGAUAUGAUGAUAACGCUUAUGCGGUUAGAGUAGUGGUAAUUCUGUUUGUGUAUAGUUUUUUUUUCUUCUUCUUUCCCUUUGCCGGACAAGUUGAUUAUGUGGAUUGCGCCGCGAGACGUACCAAGAUACCAAGAUACCAAUUCAGGCUCUUUGCCUUGCAAUCAAUACUGAAACUAAAGGGUCAAUUAUACCUGUACCGCCUACUUUAUUGCCGUGUAUCACAGAUAUUGAUAUGUGUGAACCCGAAUCUCCAAACCGGAAUCCAUG